AUGACAACCACAACCCCAACCUUCGAAAUCCACGAAGUCCGCACGCAUGCCGAGUUCGUGCGUCUCAACGAGGUUCUCUGGACCGCCAACUUCCAUCCCUACGAACCAAUCUUCACCCUCUGCCACGCAACCACAGGCCCCGCCGCCGCCGACCGAGCAGCCGAUAUAGCCCGCGACACAGACCUGCACUGGACAGCACACACCCAGAACCCAGCCUCCCACUACAUCUACGCCUUGGACCGGACAUCCGGCCGCGUCGCCGGCGGCUGCGAAUGGUCCAUCCACCACAGCAACCCCUUCCCACGGGGUCCGCAGCCGGUCGCCUGCACCUGCUACCCAGAGGGGUCGACGAAGGCCGAGUUCGCGGCGCAGGCGCUCACGCAGUGUUUGAAGCCGCGGCAGGCGUGGUUUGCGCGGGCUCAUGCCGGCGUGAGUCGCAUGGGCGUGCAUCCGGAUUUUCGCCGCAGAGGGGUCGGACGGUUGCUUAUGCGGUGGGGGCAUGAGCGGAUUGAUGCGUUGGGGUAUGAGUGUUUUAUUGAGUCGGGGGCGAUGGGGAGGUGGCUGUAUGAGGAGUGUGGGUACCGGAGGGUCAUGGGGUUGGCUGUAGAUGUUGCACGGAAGAACCCUAGUGAGGAGUGGGAGAGGCUUAUGUUUGAGUAUCGGGGUAUGGGCAUGUUGUUGCUUUGGAGACCUCCUCGCGGGGCGUGGGAUGGGAAAGUGCCGGAUGGGCCGUGGGCGGUUACGGAGGAGACCUGGCAGAAGCAGGAGGAGCAGCAGGAGGAGCAGCAGGAGGUUGCAGGUGAGGAUGCAGGGCCAGUGGAGGCCGUAUAGAGCGAAGGUCAGUUAGGGUUGCUUUCUUCUAGAUGGGUGUUUGAGCAUUUUCGAUUGGUGUUGGCUGAGCACUCUCUGCCUGAUGGAAGACUCCCGAAUCUAAGGGAAGUUGGAGCAGUUGUCGUUGGGGUAGACUGGAUUAGAAAAGGUUUGCAUGAUGAAGAGCGAUUUAUCACAGACACCACCGGCGUGCGAACAUCUCUAGCACGGUGAUAUAAUACAUUGUGUGUCUUGUUGACGUUGGCACGGAUUAUGGUGGUGCUGCACGUCAUGGACAUGUCGGUCGAUCAGGGCUCCACUGCAACCUUGCGGAAACUCAAUGUGAACCAGGGGACAAUCGACAGAUUUUUUUUCACUCCAUAACAGAGUCUGUGUGUUCAUAUCGCGUAAUCCAUCCAUAUCCACGUAGAGAUCUGCAGAGUU